AUGCCAACCACCACCACCACCCCAGCAAGGCAAGUGAUGGUUGCCCCGACCCCGAUCGGUGGCAGUUUUGGACUCCUCGGGCUAAUUUUGGUCCUUGGGUUCCUUUUCUGGGUUAAAGUUCCGUGCGCGUCAGACGCUCCUGAACCACCCACAAAUGGUGACGCUGGGGAAACCCCGGCAGCAGAUAUGCUCGAUGAAGAAGAUAAGCUUGAAGAUGAGAAUCGUGACGCGGCUUAA